AAGCAGCACGCGAGACAAGACGUGCAGGAGCUGGCGGCAAAUGCUUUGCUCUCAAUGGCAGGCGGUGAGGGCGAGACGUCUCCUACAGGGCGCUGGAAGGAUGUAGCAGCGUCAAGGAGGAGCGCGCUAGAGGCCAAGUACAAGGAGAUGUGGGAGGCGGGGGCUGUGGAAGCUUUGAUACAGCAGAUGGAGCGAUGGCAAGAUAGUGUCCACUUGCAAGAGGUAGGCUGUCAGGUGCUGUUGGUGAGCUCGAGACUAGCGGAGAACCAGGUCAACAUCGUCCAAGCAGGAGCCUUCAAAGUCGUCCUCGCCUCCAUGCGCGCGCACAAGACCGCCAACUUGCUCCAGGAGAAGGCGUGCGAGGUGCUGGGGAACUUUGCUCAAGAGGAGGAGAACCAAGUCAAGGUGAUGGAGGCUGGAGGCGUCGACGAGAUUCUUGCGGCGAUGCUGAGCCAUGAGGAGAGCGCGGGCGUGCAGGCGAGCGCGUGCAGGGCCCUGCGCAAGAUGCUGCGCAUGGACAAGGUCCGGGGGUUCAUGGCGGAAGGGGAUCGAGUGGAGGUCGUGCUAAGAGCUAUGGAGCGCCAUGCAGGGAUCGCCGGCGUGCAGGCUGAGGGAUGCGGAGCCCUCAAGAACGCGGUCCUCGCUAAGGCCGAAGACAAGCGCAUGACCGUCAAGGUCGGUGAGGGCGGAGGCAUCGACCGCAUUAUCGCCGCCAUGCUCGAACAUCAAGACAGCGAGAGGGUGCAGGGCCAGGCCUGCGCAGCCUUGAGAAACUUGUCGAGAGACCAGGCGACGCGAGGGCAGGUGGCCUGGGCUGGCGGCGUCGACGUGAUCAUGAGGAGCAUGAAGCGGCAUGAAGGAAGCGAGUACGUUGAGAAGCGAGCGUGCGGGGCUCUCUCCAACAUCAUUGGCAGCGACGCGCAACUCGCAGCUCAUAUCGCCGAGGCCGGAGGAGGCCGCGUGCUCAUCGACGCCAUUCGUCGUCACAUCGGGAGCGCCGACGUGGUGGCUCAAGCUUGCGGUGCCCUGGGGAACCUUGCGCUCAGCAACGAGACCAAAGUGAAGAUCAGCCAAGCCGGAGGCGUUGAGGCCGUUGCUGCUGCCAUGCACCGUCACGAGGACCAGGCGCGAGUGCAGGAGAAAGCCAUCAUGUGCUUGGGCAACUUGAGCGUCUGUGAAGAGCUGCAAGUGAAGAUCGUUCAGGCUCGAGGCAUCGAAGCCAUCGUCACCGCCAUGCGCCGGCAUGCAGACAACAUGGCGGUGCAGCGGGUGGCGAGCUGGUCAUUGUACACCAUGAUAGUUCGAAAGAGCAAGUCGAUGUGGGGCGGAACGAAGAAGAGCGUCAACCUGCAGUACAAGGACAGACUGCUCGGGGCAGGAGGGCGUCAGGCCGUCAAGCAGGCAGCAGAUCGGUUUGACCGUGGGAGCGAUGAGACAUGGAAGGCUCGCAAGCUGCUGCACUUGAUCUGAGCAGCCUCACUCACUCAUACCUUUGAGUAAAGCAUGCCAGGGAGUCACAGAGUCAGUGUUAGCCUACCGUACGACACCGCCGGCGUACCGUGUGUAGGGCCGGCCCGGGCCCCGCCGGUGCCCGGAGACGGUGGCGCGUUGACGAAAGAUUAUCCAAGUUCCGUUCCCAAGCAUCUCCUGUGGGGGUUCGCGGUGUUCUCUGCCCUUCCCCGUGACAGAGCAGGGAGGAUGGGCGUUGUGUUGACAGAGAUGAUAGAUCUUUGCUACUUCGUGUAGUACCUGCAGCACUGUCCGUCAUCCGGGACACACUGACUGUCCGACAACUUGUCCCCACGGGCAUUUGUGACUCUCGGAGGCUUCAAGCUUGUUCAGGGUUCAACGGGUCACGGUUGCCAGCCAGGCUGACAGGCGUGAGCCGCGACUGACCCCGGGCCCAGUGAGCCGGGCCGCCCGACCUCGGGAGCCUGGCACCGGGAGCCGGAGUCCGAGAGCCUCGACUGGCCCACGCCACGUAGAACUUGCCAUCAAUCUUGAGAGAAAAGAAGCAUUUACUGAGGGAUGAACAGUGACUGCAUCGGCUGCUGACAUCAUUCGUCGCACGGGUCCUCCUCCAGCAUUUGCGCGGCCUGACGCCUGCGUUGAGUUGCGGAGUCGAAACUCUUCUGCUAGAAGGGUCUGUUCUCUCCUCCUGUUGUAUGCCACGCUGAUCUAGCAUCGCUAGUAAACUCGACGUCACUAC